CUCGGUUUUGCAUCGUCGUUGUAAUCAUUUCACGCGCCCAUGCGCGAUUGUGUUGGUACAGCGAGGUUUCCGAGGAUUUUAUUUUUGGAGAUAUGCGCGCGAGUAGUAAGCACACGCACACACACCCACACACACACUAACACACAGCGACCUACUCGCGGUGUCUUGUCUGUUGGCUGCUGGCUGCCGAUUCGAUAUGCCGAGCGUCUUGCUCCGAAGCCAACAUGACAAGUCUUGUCGUUCACCCGACUCAGUCUGUCUGCUGCUGGGGCAGAAGAGUCUGACUGAGUCUGUGUGGUAAUGUGUGGCGCUGUACGCGGUUAUUGUUUUGUUUUGAUAUAUCUUUUUGCUGCUGACUUUUGCAACAGCAAGCUGUUGAUGCGCGGAGAAUUCGGCAAUUGUUGUUUCAACUGAUUAUCUCGCUAGGUGAUGAAACCGAUGAAAAAAACGAACCCUCAGCAAUUCGAGCGUCUCGUUGAGCUGAUGAAGCAAAACCCCGAGUUCGCGAGAGGAUGCCAUGGGUUGGGAAUAAGCAAAACCAACGUUAAGCAGCGAUGGCAACAGUUCGGCACGGUACUGAACGCCUUGGGACCCCCGACGCGACCAGGACACGAAUGGCAGCGAGUUUGGAUGGACAUGAAGGGGAAGGUGAAGAAAAUUUUGACGUACAACAACAGGGAACUACGAGCAGGAGCAGCUGGAGAAGGGUCGCAACCGAAUGUAAAAUCGUUAACUCCUCUGCAACGCGAGAUCGAUGUACUGUUGCAUCUUUCAACGAACAUCAAAGUGGAUGAACUCUCGGAUGACUACGAACCAACGAAUGCCAUAUUAUCUCCGUCGCUCGAUCACUUGCUCGAUGGCCAGCUAGCAUUGUCUCCAAUCAGCAGCGGGGCGGAAAGGCGGACUGAACCACCUCGUCACCUCCCAAGGGCUAACAAACGAAAGUGCCGCAUUCGACCGUUCGAAGAAGAACGGUAUGCAAUGUUGAAGAAGCAGACGAAGCUACUGGAACAGUCGAUCGUGCAGAUGGCGGUGAUCGGAGAAAAUGUGGCUAAACUUGUCGGUGCGCUGAAUCAGCAAACGCUCGUUCUGAAACAAGCCGUGAAACUGAUGGAGAAAAAUACUGGAACGAAGCAAUAGGUUUAAAAAUGUGUGUAUGUAUGUACAUAAAUAUAACUGA